GGUUAGGUUAGAACCGAGUGUGGCGGUAACGUCCGUAUUUUCCUUUGUUUUUCCGCUGCACAAUUCUGAUGAUUUUAAAUAAAGUUGUAUAUUUCUUACAAACAAAUUAUCAUUUAAAGUAUUAUUUUUUGGUUGGGAAAUUUGGGGGAAUUACAAGCCCCAAGGCAAAUUACCUCCAGGAACGCCGCUCCCAAUCAGGUCAUGACAGUGGCAGCAACGACAGGUAUUCACGACAGGCCACGGGAAAACCUCUCAGACCAAUUGGCCAGACAAAGGUCCUCGACCAAACAAAAUUCCAGAACGAGCAUGAACUGCCGCCCUGAAUAAAAAACCACCACAGGAAGCGGAGCGCCGUCCGGGUAGGGAUUUCUCAUCAGACAACUCAGCGCCCCGUUAUGGAGCCAUGCAGCUUAAGUGCGGGCUAUGAUUUCAGGUAGUCCCGUUCGAGCAACCGCUUUCAGUUUUCUAUAAUGUGUCCCAUUCGGGAUAAGGGAACCGGCCCUGCUCGUUCAAAGCUAAUCGUCCUUGCUGAAGCCAAUCACCUCCGAACCCCAAAUUGUGGCCCCGACCCGCCAGCAACCUCGAACGAGAGUUUUUCCAAACGGUUGAAUAAGGGGGCGCUCAUCGCACCAGGGAUGGUGGUUUGAAUAUCCAGCCUACCGUUGUACAUCGCACCAGGGAUAGCGUUCUCACUCUGCCGCACUAUCAUCCCCCGUUCGGGAAAAACAGCAUGUCCGGCCACAAACCAUUUCACCGCUCGGUCUCAAUCGUCCGGUAGAAUUGCAGACCCUUCACCCUCCGGUUCGAUUCCGACACAAAGGCCAUCUGGCACGCCACCCGUAUUUCCGCCGCUCAGCAAUUCCCCGGUCGGCACCUCCGAUCUCCACAGUCCGGCGUGAAUCUGGGCUUGACACUCCUGUGCUCCGCCAUGUUAUUAAAUCCCAAACGGCCUCUGGAAGUCUCGAUCGACCAGAGGAAGUAUGAGGAAGAGUGAGGGAAGAAAGUCGAUGAGAGUGGUAACUCGGAUGCCGAUCUUGAUGAGAGUCAAAAUGAAGAUAUCAUCUUGGCGGCUACCGGAGUUUAGAAGGGCCAGGUGUCGUUCAUGGGGCCUGAAGGUAUACGGAUCUUGCAAAACUCCAAAGGAGCAAGCUCAUCUUCUUAUCAAGUGUAUGAUGAACGGGAUGAACGGGUUGUCCGCCUGGAGAAACAAUUGGCGGAACGGGAGGAAGAGGACCUGAGAAGUAGAGAACGGUUGGCUGAGUUUGAACGUCAAAUGAAUCGUUUCAACGCCACCUAUCGCCCUCCCAUGCACAUUCAGCAACCCGAGAUGACCCCUCAAAAUCUCCUCAUGGGCGGCAUGCGCAGCAUGGGUGGUAUGGGGUUCGGCAAUUAUAGCACUCUGUCCAACACUUUUCCCUAUUCGUAUUAUGAUCAACCAUUUCAAACUCCCAGAGGUUGCGGCAGUUGAGAUGGCAGUCGAGCGGGCAGCUGAGGAGGCAGUCGAGGAAGCGCCCGUGGCGGCAGGCAACCCGACCAGCCCGAACCACCCGCUGAUAAUGAUGAUACAUUUGAUGAUGACUAUAUGGAG